GAGUUGUCCUCAAACGAUGAAUCAUGCCAGGAAAGCAAUAUAUAACUUGUUUGGAGGGGAGCCCCUCUCGUACACCCGGUUCAGUCUGGCUCGGCAGCCAGAUGGAGACAACAGUCAUGUGGAGAUGAAGCUUUCUGCUGAAGAUGAGGAAGGAGGCGAAAACGGAGUCAUCGACCAUGUUCAUACCCAUUCAGUAAAGCCAAGGAAUACUAAUCGAAACCUCUGCUGCGUGUGCUCUACAGUAGCUCUUGUUUUUCUUAUCGGGUUUCUGAUUGGCUUCCUGAGCUUCCGUACACGGAUGCCAGCACCGAAAGAAUGUGAGAAUGGGCUCGAACCAUGUAAGGAUGCCCAGUGUGCGCCUGUGAAAGAACCUGUUUAUCUUCCGCCGCAAGAGCCGGAACCUGAGACUGUGCUAUACUGGGGUGACCUCCAGAAGAAAUUAUCGGAGAAGCUUGUCGGUAUAAGCUUCCAAGCUAAAAUCAGGAGGGUCUCUGCUUCUUUUCAUGAGGCCGGCACAGCUGGAGACGAGGAUUUGGUCAACUACGUUCACAGCGAGUUUAGCAGCUACAAGCUGGACAAAGUCUGGAACGACGAGCACUUUGUGAGGCUGCAGGUCCCUGGAAGCUCUCCAAAUGUCAUCUCGAUGGAAAUCACCGGUGGGAGUAAAGAAGCUCUUGACGCAUCAAAGGCUUAUGUGGCAUACAGUGGAAAUGGGAACGUUGUUGGCAAACCAGUUUAUGCCAAUUUUGGCCGCAAUGAAGAUUUCGUCACCCUGAUGGGGAAAAAGAUUAACAUGAAUGGGACUGUGGUCAUCGUCAGAGCUGGACAGAUUACUUUUGCUGAGAAGGUGGCCAAUGCGCAGAAGCAAGGUGCUGUUGGAGUCUUGAUAUUCCCUUCCCUAGCUGACUACAGCGGUCUUGGAGAGGAUGUGGCACAGUUUGGGCAUGCUCACCUUGGGACGGGUGACCCUUUCACCCCAGGGUUUCCUUCUUUCAACCAUACCCAGUUUCCGCCAGCUCAAUCUUCAGGGCUGCCACGCAUUCCUGUGCAGACCAUCUCUAAUUCUGCGGCAACUAAACUGUUCAGACGCAUGAAUGGGCUGAUCUGUCCGGGGGAGUGGAGCGGCACGCUCAAGGCUCUUUGCAAGCUGAAUUCAGGAGAUCCUGCUGGAGUCAACGUGAGCCUCCAAGUCAACAACGCACUUGUAGAGAAGAGAAUCCUGAAUGUCUUUGGAGUGCUCAAAGGUUUUGAGGAACCAGAUCGGUAUGUUGUGCUUGGAGCCCAGCGUGAUUCCUGGGGGCCUGGAGCCGUGAAGGCUGGGGUGGGAACUGCCAUUUUACUGGAGCUUGCCCGUAUAGUCUCAGAGCUAGUGAGAAAUGAGGGCUAUAAACCUCGGCGAAGCCUUGUGUUUGCCAGCUGGAGCGCCGGUGACUUCGGAGCUGUCGGUGCCACGGAAUGGCUGGAGGGUUAUGCUGCCAUGCUGCACCUGAAAGCUUUUGCGUACAUCAACUUGGAUUCAGCAGUGACAGGUUCACGUGACUUCCAGUUCUCUGCCAGCCCCAUGUUGAAACAGCUCCUCAACGAUGCAGUCACUAACGUGAGUAGCAUCACCAUAACUGACGCAUCCACAAAACCAAGAGCUCAGGUUCCCUUUCGCAUGGACAACCCAGCCUUUCCCUUCCUGGCGUAUUCGGGAAUCCCAUCCGUUUCGUUCCGCUUCACUGAUACGGGUAGAAGGGAGUAUCCCUACCUCGGCACAACAGAGGACACACUGGACAAUCUAAUGAGCUACUUCGGCUCGGGGGACCAGCUGGACACCACGGUCCGUGCCGCUGCCGAGAUCGCUGGCCGUAUGGCGGUCAGGAUGACACACGACCAUGAAUUAUACCUGGACUUCAAUAGUUACGAUGACAGGCUGCUCGAUUUUGUACACAAGCUAAUAUCAUACAGCAAGGAUUUACAGAAGUUGGGAUUGAGCCUUCGAUGGCUCUUAGUGGCUCGUGGGGACUUUAGUCGUGCUACAAGCGCCCUGAGGAAUGCCGUCCGAAACACUGACAUGACAAACAAGGUCGCCUGUCGUGCUUUGAAUGACCGGAUCAUGAAAGUGGAGUUCCACUUCCUUUCCCCGUACGUCUCUCCAAAGGACACGCCUCUUCGGCACAUUUUCUUUGGCUCCGGCUCCUACACUCUUCAGGCUCUGCAAAACCACCUGAGCCUCCUGAAGACCAACGACAGUGCCUUUGACGAAGACCUGUUGAGGAACCAGCUUGCUCUGGCGACUUGGACAAUCCAGGGGGCGGCCAACGCGCUCACGGGUGACAUCUGGGACAUAGACAAUGACUUUUGAGAACGACAAGCGCUUAAUUCUG